CAGUCACCCUUCUGACCCCUCCUGUCUUUUAGGUUAAAGCAGCUUCCAGGAUGUCCCAGCAACACACUCUGCCAGUGACUCUGCCUCCCUCACUCUGUCAGGAGCCCCUCAAGCCAGUUUGCCCUCCCAUCAAUACCCAGCCCGAGCAAGUGAAACAGCCAACCCCACUGCCUGCCCUGUGCCAGAAGAUGCCCUCUAAGUUCCCAGGGGAGGUCCCCCAGGAGCAUGGGGAACAUGGGGAGGUCCCCCAGGAGCAAGGGGAGAAUCAUACAACUCUCGUGAAGGGGGUGACUGAGCAACAAUGUGAGCCACAGCAGCAGGAACAUCAUCUGGAACAGCAACAGCAGCAACAGCAAGACUCACAGCAGCAGGAACAGCAUCCAGAACAGCAGCAGCAACAGCAGGACUCACAGGAGCAGGAACUUCACCUGGAACAGCAUCUGGAACAGAAGCAGCAGCAGCAGCAGCAAGAGUCACAUGAGCAGGAACUUUGCCUGGAACAGCAUCCAGAACAGCAGCAGCAGCAGCAGCAAAAGUCACAGGAGCAGGAACUUUGCCUGGAACAGCAUCUGGAAAAGAACCAGCAGCAACAAGAGUCACAGGAGCAGGAACUGCACCUGGAACAGCAUCUGGAACAGCAGCAGCAAGAGUCACAGGACCAGGAACUUCACCUGGAACAACAUCUGGAACAGAAGCAGCAGCAGCAAGAGCCACAGGAGCAAGAAAUUCACCUGGAGCAGCAUCUGGAACAGCAGCAGCAGAAAGAGUCACAGGAGCAGGAACUGCACCUGGAACAGCAUCUGGAACAGCAGAAGGAGCAGGAAAUACAGCAGCAGCAACAAAAGGAACAGUGUGAGGAAAAUCAGGAAGCAAAAAACCUGGAGCAGCAGCUGGAGCAGGAGAAAGCACAAAGGAAGCAGCAGCAAAAGGAACAGCUGGGACAGGAGAAGAAGAUCAUGGGCCAGCAACUGGAUGGAGAUCUAGCAAAGAGAAAUGAGCAUCUGGAAAAGAGAGAAGAGCAGCAGCCAGAGCCAGCAGAGCAGCAGGAAGGCCAACUGAUGCAGCCUGCAUUUGUCCCAGCUCCUGGCCAGGUCCAAGAGCCCCUACUAGUCCAUCCACUGAGGGGAGAAGUCAUGCCCCUCAUAGACCAACAGCAGCAGAAGCAGGAGGUAUAUGGCCCCCCAAAAUAUAAGUAAGCACCCCCAGUCCCAGAGGCUCUCAGGCUAUCCCACACAAGUGACAAGAGAGCCAGUGGCCUCUCUUACCUCAGGUCCCCAGCCUGGUGGCCCACCUCAUCUGUGAAACUGCCUAACCCUGUCCUUCUGCAUGUUUCUUUGAUGGGGCUGGGAGAAGGGAAAGUUAUUGCCCAGAACCCAUCCCUAAUGAGCUCAGUCCCAACAGGUGGCCAUGGCCUCUGUCACUAAUUCUGACUUUGUCCCCAGUCUUAUAGUUGAAUCUGUGAGUAUUUACAAUAAUACAGAAUAAAUCCUGGAAGUCUGGGAUCCUGUAUCCUCUUU